UCGAGCAACACGCAGAAUCCGUGCGACUCGCUGCAAUCAAAGUUGACUGACACCAUGGUUAAUUUCAUUUGGAGUUUACUGUUAAUUUUUCUGGGACAGUAUGUUAAAGGUGAAAUUAAGCGCGUCGACUUCAGACGGCGAGAGGACUUAACAAAUGUGAUGUUUUCGGAUAAUCCUAUAUUAUUCUCACAGAGGACACCAACUUAUAAGUGCAUUGAAAAUUGUUUGUAUAUUGACAACUGUGUGACCUUAGUGUCUUCAGGAGAUGGAGAUAACGGUGAAUGUUAUUUAUACGACAAACAGACUGCUAGCAUGACCAAUCAAGUUUCAGGUGCUUCAACGCAUGUCUUCAACAAAGUUUCAGACUCGUCAAACGAUGUAACAUGUCUCCUCCGACACACUAGCCUGCAACCAAUUACACCAACAACGUCAACAACGUCCACUUCAACAACCACCACCACUUCAACAACCACAACCACUUCAACAACGCCGACCACAACCCCCGUACCUACAUACCUGCGACAUUAUUCGGGUUCACUGACUUGGAGUGGGGCUAGGCAGGCGUGUCAAGCACAAGGAGGGGAUCUGGCCAUGCUCGAUACCCCCGAGGAAAUCAAGACCGUGGAGGACACUGUGACAGGGUACUACGUCUGGACGGGAUUCUACCAAUCAGCUGCGAAUGCCGCAUUCACUUGGGUGGAUGGACGGGUCCUGUCGGGUGUCAACUGGAAGCCUGGACACCCGGUCUCUGGGGACAUGUGCGGGGUGGUGGCCAUUUCUGGAGCCGUGUACUUUAAAACAGCUCACUGCACAGGCCUUUCUGACUACAUCUGCGAAUUACCGGUUGUGUAGACAGUGUUCGCCUCGCUACUGGAAACCCUGUCACGAAAUGUAGUGAUUAUUAAUUAAGGAAUGUAGCCGUUUGUGUGCUAAUCACGAAAAUAAGCCAUUUCAAAGUUUACUUAUCAAGAAAGAAGAAAUCAGCCUGGUUCCCGGGGUCUGCUGCGCUAACGCUCAGUGCCAGAGCGUUUGCGCAGGCGCAACAGACCCCGGGAACCAAGCUGAGAAGAAACAUGCUAGCCAUAAAACGUCAUCACUGUGUGUUGAUUACGUGGUUACAAUCCGGGUUAAGAUCGGCAGACAUGCAGUUAUUUUUAGAAGUGCGCGUGUCAGCAUAUAUGUUACUGGCAAACAAGGAUAAGUUGGACCGGUGCAGAGAACGCCUUUACGGGAAGUAGGCGGUGCACGGCAAUGAGCAAACCCAUUUGGUUUAUGAAAGGUAGAGCAGAUGUAGGCUAGUGCACCUGCAUUGCAUGACGAUGAAAUUGAUUCUAUCGUGGUCAAAUUUCCGUUUCUUCUGUUUCAAGUUAUCUACAAAGCAACGAUGAGCGCAUACUUUAAACCCAAACACGUUGACUCCAAGGAACAAGCACGGGUGUAUACAUCAUUACUGGCAAACAAGGAUAAGUUGAGCACCGACUUGACAAUUGACCCGUAUUAG